GCAGAAGCAGGCUUCCCACGGAGCAGGGAGCCCGAUGCGGGGCUCGAUCCCAGGACCCUGGGAUCAUGACCCGAGCCGAAGGCAGACACCCAACGACUGAGCCACCCAGGCGCCCCUAAAACAUGGCCUUCAGCAGCACAAAAGCAACAAAGCUUUAAUAAGCAGAGUCUUAGCUGUGAGAGAUUACAAAGGACCUGACUGCCGAUACCUGAACUUCACUAAGGGAGAAGAGAUAUCUGUUUAUGUUAAACUUGCAGGAGAAAGGGAAGAUUUGUGGGCAGGAAGUAAAGGAAAGGACUUUGGAUAUUUUCCCAGAGAUGCAGUCCAGAUUGAAGAGGUGUUCAUAUCUGAGGAAGUUCAGAUAUCAACUAAAGAAUCUGAUUUUCUUUGUCUUCUUGGAGUAAGUUACACAUUUGAAAAUGAAGACAGUGAAUUAAACAAUGAUGAUGGCAAAAAUAUAUGUCCAUAUGAAGAAGAUAAAGACCAAAAAUCUAGUGUAUAUGAAAGUGACUUUCAGACAGAAUCUGGAUUUUAUUCAACUUCUGAAAGUACUUUGUUUGAAGAUCGGUUUCCAGUAUCGGAAGCUUCUGAAGAUGUCAGAAGUACUAGUGAAUCAAAAGACUGGGAAGCAGUGGAAGCUGGAAGUAUGGAAGAGGAUUAUGUUCCAGAAGUGGAUCACAUCCCACCAUCCUCGCCUGAAGUGACAGGAUGGUUUGGAUUUGGAAGGGAACUAGCUGAAGGAAAGGCUUUUGAAUCAGUUAUUGAACCUCUACAAGAAAGUUCAUUUCAAAGUAGAAAAAUAGCAGGAGAAGAGGAGAAUGACCUAGAGGAAUUAAAUAAUGAUGAACCCCAAACAGAACAAAAGCAAGAACCUGAAUUGGAAUUCAAUUCAGUGCCAAAGAAACAGUCUGAACUAGGUUCUGAGUCAGAGAACAUUAUCAGUCCUGAAGCCACUAGUUGGUUUGGGGGUGGUUUUAAAAGUUAUUUAGGUUUUGGAGGUGAGUAUACAGGGCUUGAAUUAUUGUCCAAAGAAAGCGAUCCACCACUACAAGAUGUUCCUAAUUCCUUAUCAUCUGAGGAAGAACCCACAGUUCCAUGCACAGAAAUAUUAACAGAAAAAGAAGACACAAUCGUCAAUGAUACCUCAAUUCUCAAGCCAAGUUGGUUUGAUUUUGGUUUUGGUAUGCUAGGCUUUGUAUAUAACAAUGAAGAUAAAAUUAUAUCAGAUGAUGGAAAAAGUGAAGAAGGAAGUGGAGGAGAUAAACAUGAACGUCUUCCAACAAGUAAAUUUGACCCUGAUAAGGAACAAGAAAUAAAAACAAUAGAAAUUAUGGAAGCUGAAGAGCAAGUAGGAAAGGAAAGAGCCCUAGAGAAAACAGAUGAUUCUGAUACCUUACCAUAUUUUAAAAAGUUUUUAUAUAAUUGGAACUUCCAGGACAUUCCAAAGGAAACAGAAUUGCAAUUUUCCAAACAGAUACAGGAUGAAAAUAAUGUAAUUGAAAAUGAUGAAACAGAAGAAUUUUCAGCUGAAAAUUAUCACACAGAUAAUAUGGAAGUUAUGAUGCUGAAAAGCAGAUCCAGUCCAUCAGAUAUGGCUUCUAAAAUAGAGUCACCCGGGAGAAUUCAUAAAGAAGUACAUUUCAAAACUCCAUCUUCUAAAAAUAAUGAUGAAAAAUCAAAAACAUCACUAGGUACUGAAGGAUCUACUCAGGUGGAAAUAGACAGAUCUGUGGAAAAUACCCUCCCAAAUAGUGAAACAGUUUCAACUGAUUACUUUUUGUCUUCUCAAGAAGAAGAUGCUUCUGAGUAUCAGAUUCUGAAAUAUUUAUUUCAAAUUGACAUUUGUGAUUUCAUGAAUUCUGCAUUUUCAUCAAUUAUAAUUCUUACAAAAAGGGUUGUGGCAGCAUUGCCUGAAGAUAUGAGAGGUCCUAAGCCCUAUGGUUUCCCAUGGGAAUUGGUGAUAUGUGCAGGUGUUGUUGGAUUUUUUGUUGUUCUCUUGUUUUUGUGGAGAAGUUUUCAAUCGGUUAGAAGCCGGCUUUAUGUGGGGAGAGAGAACAAGCUUGCUAUAGAACUUUCUACACUAAUUGAUGAAAAAUGUAAACUACUUGAAAAAUUUAGCCUUGUUCAAAAAGAGUGUGAAGGCUUAGAAUCAUCUUUAAAGGAUGCCAGUUUUGAGAAGGAAUCAACAGAAGCACAAAGUUUGGAGGCAGUCUGUGAAAAUCUGAACAAGUCUAAAUCUGAACUUGAGGAUGAAAUACUUUUUCUGGAAAACCAAUUAAAAGAAGAGAAAUCUAAACAUUCUGAACAAGAUGAAUUGAUGGUGGAUAUUUCAAAAAGGAUACAGUCCCUAGAAGAUGAAUCAAAAUCUCUUAAAUCACAAGUGGCUGAAGCCAAAACAACCUUUAAAAUAUUUCAAAUGAAUGAAGAACGACUUAAGAUAGCUAUAAAAGAUGCUUUGAGUGAAAAUUCCCAACUUCAGGAAAGCCAGAAACAGCUUUUACAAGAUGCUGAAGAAUGGAAAGAACAAGUGAGUCAACUUAAUAAACAGAAAAUAACAUUUGAAGACUCCAAAGUAUAUGCAGAACAAGUUCUGUGUGAUAAAGAAAAUCAGAUCAAGUCUCUUACUGAACGCUUGAUAAAGAUGAAAGAUUGGGCUGCUGUGCUGGGAGAAGACAUAACAAACGAUGAUAACUUGGAGUUGGAAAUGAGUGAGUCAGAAAAUGAUAAUCAACCAGAAGGAGCUUUGAAGAAGCUGAUUCAUGCUGCUAAGUUAAAUGCUUCUUUAAAAACCCUGGAAGGAGAAAGAAACCAAAUUUACAUUCAAUUAUCUGAAGUAGAUAAGACAAAAGAAGAGCUUACAGAGUGUAUUAAAAAUCUCCAGACUGAACAAGCAUCUUUGCAGUCAGAAAAUAUACAAUUUGAAAGUGAGAAUCAAAAGCUUCAGCAGAAACUUAAAGUAAUGACCGAAUUGUAUCAAGAAAAUGAAAUGACACUUCACAGGAAAUUAACAGUAGAGGAAAAUUACCGAUUAGAGAAAGAGGAGAAACUUUCCAAAGCAGAUGAAAAGAUCAGCCAUGCAGCUGAAGAGCUGGAGACCUACAGAAAGCGAGCCAAAGAUCUUGAAGAAGAAUUGGAGAGAACCAUUCAUUCUUAUCAAGGGCAGAUUACUUCCCAUGAGAAAAAAGCACAUGAUAAUUGGUUGGCAGCUCGGACUGCUGAAAGAAAUCUUAAUGAUUUGAGGAAAGAAAAUGCUCACAAUAGACAAAAAUUAACUGAAACAGAGUUUAAAUUUGAACUUUUAGAAAAAGAUCCUUAUGCACUUGAUGUUCCAAAUACAGCAUUUGGCAGAGAGCAUUCCCCAUAUGGUCCCUCACCAUUGGGUCGACCUUCAUCCGAAACGAGAGCUUUUCUCUCCCCUCCAACUUUGUUGGAGGGUCCACUCAGACUCUCACCUUUGCUUCCAGGGGGAGGAGGAAGAGGUUCAAGAGGCCCAGGGAAUCCUCUGGACCAUCAGAAUACCAAUGAAAGAGGAGAAUCAAGCUGUGAUAGGUUAGCUGAUGCUCAUAGAGCACUUUCUGACACUGGGUCCCUUUCACCUCCAUGGGAACAGGAUCGUAGGAUGAUGAUCCCUCCAUCAGGCCAAGCAUAUCCUGAUGCAGCUCUUCCUCCACAAAGGCAAGACAGAUUUUAUUCUAAUUCUGGCAGACUAUCUGGGCCAGCAGAACUCAGAAGUUUUAAUAUGCCGUCUUUGGAUAAAGUGGAUGGUCCAAUGUCUUCAGAAAUGGAAUCCAGUAGAAAUGAUAAAAAGGAUGACCUUGGUAAUUUAAAUGUGCCUGAUUCAUCUUUCCCCGCCGAAAGUGAAGCAACGGGCCCUGGCUUCGUUCCUCCACCUCUUGUUCCAAUCAGGGCUCCAUUGUUCCCAAUGGAUACAAGGGGCCCAUUCAUGAGAAGAGGUCCUCCUUUUCCUCCACCUCCUCCAGGAAGCAUGUAUGGAGCUUCCCGAGAUUAUUUUCCACCAAGGGAUUUCCCUGGCCCACCACAUCCUCCAUUUGCAAUGAGAAAUGUCUAUUCACCGAGAGGUUUUCCUCAUUACUUUCCCCCAAGAGCUGGAUUUUUUCCUCCACCCCCACAUCCUGAGGGUAGAAGUGAGUUCCCAUCAGGGUUGAUUCCACCUUCAAAUGAGCCUACUACUGAGCAUCCAGAACCACAACGAGAAACUUGAUAAUAUUUUUGAUCUCUCUUCAAAAAUAAUUUUGACUUCUCUCUCAUUUUCAGUUUAAGUAACUGCUGUUACUUAAGUAAUAAUACUUUUGCUCAAAUUGAAGCUUGAUGGAAUUAUAAUUCUCAGGAUAGUAUUUUGUAAAUAAAGAUGAUUUAAAUAUGAAACUUAUGAGUAAAUUAUUUCCAUUUUAUUUUAUUCUAGAUAGUAUAAUUAUUUUAAUUUGAUUAACAAAUCCACUAUCACAUAAACAAUAAUGGGAGUUUUAUAUGUGUAAUCUUGCAGUUGGGGAUGUUUUAAACUCCAAAGGCUGUGUCUUUUUGCCAAGAACUGUAUUUACUAUGGUUGUAGACAAAUGUGAAAGUAACUUUAUGCUUAAUUAAAUAAAUUUUAAUUGACUUUAAA